UUGAAAACAUGGCAUCAUUGCAACAGUAGGUCAGAAGACGGGACCGGUUGACAGAAAGUUUGCUAUUCUACUACGAUUAUGUGUCGUUCGUUGAGUAGUGUCAUCGUGCGUUAUAUCGACUUGACGAAAAAAUUACUGAAAAGUCGCGUGUCAGCGACAGUUAUAACCAUUUACGGCAAGAAUAACGUGAAUCGAAAGUAAUUAGCUGGCAGUGUGUGGUGCUGUGGGGCAGGAGACGAUGAGGGUCGGGGGGAUAAUUCGGGUGGCGACUUGAGGGCAGAAAUGUUGAAAUUUGGUAGUAAAAGUGACGUUACGGUGGUGCAUCGCGCCACUAUUCGACUUCUAGACGACGCCGAAAUUAUCCACUGCGACUUUCAGCCUCAGGACAAAGGAAGGUAUAUUCUCGAAUAUGUAUGCAAGCAACUCAAUAUCCUGGAAACGGAUUAUUUUGGGCUUCGUUACAUGGAUCAUUGUAGGCAAAGGCAUUGGUUAGAUCUGGCAAAAACAGCGAUUAAGCAAGUAAAAGACAUGGAUCCGAUUCUGUUCAGUUUUCGUGUGAAAUUUUAUCCACCGGAUCCUCUGAGGUUGAAAGAAGAAAUAACUAGGUAUCAGGUUUACCAACAGCUUAAGAGAGACCUUCUUCAUGGCCGACUAUAUUGCAGUCCGGGUGAAGCAGCGCUGCUCGCCGCAUGCAUCGUGCAAAGUGAAAUAGGAGAUUAUGAUCCUAAACUCCACGAAGGGAAUUACAUUUCCGAGCACAAAUUACUGCUUAAACAAACGGAAGCUAUCGAGGAGAAAGCUAUGAAACUGCAUCAAACAGAAUUGAAGGGAUUCACCCCGGAGCAAGCGGAAACUCACUUUCUUAGAUUAGCGUCGCAGUUGGACACGUACGCCGUUGACCCACACCCUGUCAAGGACCAAAAAGGUGCGCAGUUAUAUCUCGGCAUUAAUCAUUGCGGAAUCCUAACGUUUCAAGGAUCCCGUAAAACACACCAUUUCCGCUGGCCGGAGGUUCAAAAAAUCAACUUCGAAGGGAAAAUGUUUAUUGUACAUUUAACGAUAAGCGAGGACGUGAGAACAAAGAAAAAGCACACAGUUGGGUUUAAGUGUCCCACGGGAUCGAACUGCCGCCACGUAUGGAGAUGCGCCAUCGAGCAAAUGUUAUUUUUCACAUUACCUAGGGCAUCGGAUGCACCGGUUGUAAGCGGUGGAUCUAUCUUCUCCUGGGGUACGAAAUUCAAAUAUACUGGCAGGACAGAAAAGGAAGUUUUAGAGGAAACGGGUCCACUUCGGAAGGAAGAACCACCCAUACAGCGAUGUCAAACGACGUGUCUUAGAAGAAAAGCUAGUAGUGUGCCAGCUACCCCCAGUACCCCUAGUCAGGAUCUCGUCGAAAUAAGAUAUUCCAGUUUGCCACGUAGCUGUCACAGUGCAGGUUUGGACGGUGCUGGAAUGUCAGAAGGUAGUACCGGCGUUCCAUUCAGUUCACCUUAUUGUCCAGAUAACACUUUACCACUUCUAGAACCUGUCUCGGAGGACCAAGAAAUUCAUGGCAGAAGAAAUAACGCAGUAGACGAAAAUGAUACGCAUGUGAGAGCCACCCACAACACCACCACCACUACCACCACCACCACUACCACCACCAUCACUUUCAACACCACCACAAAUCGUGCGAAAGUUAGAAUGAAAUAUCCCAAGAGCACGGCGAACCGACCUCAGCCAUUGUACAGUCAAAAGAUAGUGAUAGGUUCGGAGGAGUUAGUCGGCCGUAACAUCGAUAACGUCGUCAGGCAACGUAUAAACGCCCUCGAAAAGAGUCCGAAGGUGGUCAGGUCGACCGCUUUGAUCAUAAAGAGUUCGAAAGUGGCGGCAGAAUCGCUGAAAGCUGGUAAAGAAAUCGCGAACGAGACGUACGUGUUCCCGGCAGCCGAUUCGGGAACGAUCAUCACGACGGUGAUAGACGGUCCAUUCGAUUCUAACAGCGGUAAGACGAUCUUGCGCAGGUCUAACGAGCAGGUAAGCAUGCUCGUUCGUCAGGAGAAUGAGGUUGAAUGUCGCGGCAUCGCUUCCACCACGAAAACGGCAAACGGUUACAUUGCAUCGGCGACAAGUGACGUCGAAGACGUUAGAAACGGAGUCGAAGCCACGAAACGACGGCAAAGGACAGCCGGUCAGCACGAAGGUGUAAUUAACGACUAUUACUUUAGAGAUUCUUUCGAUCAUUCGUCGUCGGAAAGCCAACUAUUGGAUGCAUCGGGCAAACCGCACAGUCGCUCGGUGACCCCGGUGCCACAAAUGCAGAAACUUCAAAACUCGAAAGUUUGUCUCCAGCAGCAGCAGCAACAACAACAACAGCAGCAGCAACAACAGCUGCAGCAUCAGCGGCAAUCCGGUCGACGUUCAAACGCUGCGAAACUGAGGCACAAGAGUGUUCGAGUCACGAGGCUUUUCAUUCCAGCUUUUAUGCUGACGAUCAUCGUCUUGUUUAUCGUGAUCGUCAUGGUAUUCGAGACGGAUACGACGCUUUUCAAUAACUUGCGCAAGACACCAGAAAUGGUGGCCUUAAAGAACCAAUACUAUGUCCCUAUUAAGGAGUUCUUGAGGACAAAGCUCGGCCUAUUUUGAUGCGACCCGACGAUGACCAGGCUGAGGUCGCCCUUUGUCGCUAAGUAACUUCCUUCAGUGCCAAGUCGAGAAGACGUUGCCGAGACCGAGGAGCAAGGGUAUCGUUUCUUCUUCAUCCGUCGUUUCCUCUUUCGUGAUUCACACACGGCGGAACCACUCGUACUUUUCUUUUUAUAUCCCCUUGAUUUUCCUAUUUCCGAAUCCACGCAGAUACGAGCCAUUUAUUCGCCAAAUCGAUUAACUCCGCGAAACAGAAAGUACAGAAGAUCGAAUGAAAUUGUACGAGUACGAGACACGAGCUCUGUAACGUUAAAAUUUCACAAAUUUCGCGCCUCCAGUUAAUCGAUUUGGCCUGUGAAGGUGAAGGUUCGGUUAGCAUUGGCCGGUAUUCGAA